AUGCUCAGCCAUGCCACCGUCCUCGCCGGCAUUGUCGCCGCCUUCGGAACCCUCUCCGCCGCCGAGAGCUUCACCGGGCGUUCGCUGGCGCACCGAAUGCCAAACUCCAAGAUGGGCGAUGCCUGCCACCCUGACCCCGAUGCGUCCUUGACCCUAGGGGGCAGCAGCAUUAUUCCCGCCUGCUUUGCUGAGCAAAAGAUUUCGGACAAAUGCGAACGCGACACGGGCGCGCUGGCGGACUUGAACAACGCCUCCAAGAUGAACGCAUAUCGGGACUGCCUCUUCGGCGCCGGCAGCACCUACCGGAAAGACCGCGAAGCCUGCCUUGCUUGCAAGGUCGAAAACAAAAUCCACACUGCUGCACAGGACCAGUUCUGGAUGGACAUUUACAAGAAGUCUGACGCAAUGUUCCAGAGCGCCAAUCCCUUGAACAAGGGCCAUUGGGAAAUAACUCUGGGAUUCAUUGGUGACUGGUCUACGUACCCUAAGCCAAACGCACAGCCGAAGGCCGGAUACUGUGCCAGCAAGGGCCGCUCUUCUGCACCACAGAACGUUGGCAGCUACAGCCUCGCUCGCCGAUCGAAGAGAUCCGACGAGCAGGCUUCGGCUUCCCCCGCAUGGAAGCUUACUGUUCAGGAGGCCUUUGAUGCCAACGGCGCCGUCAUUGCCGCCUCGGCUGAGUGGCACUAA